AUGGCGCUGACAACUCCAAUGACCGAACUCUUUAAGAUCAAGCAUCCCGUCAUGUUGGCGGGCAUGGCUGGCGCCGCUGGACCUGAGCUUGCUGCGGCCGUGUCCAACGCUGGAGGCUUGGGAAACAUUGGUGGUGUUGGCUUCACCCCGGCGGCCUUGCGAAAGACCAUUGGAUUGCUGAAGAAGGACUUGGUGGACAAAAACGCACCUUUUGGAGUGGACUUGCUACUCCCUCAGGUGGGUGGAGGAGCCCGAAAGACCAACAAGGACUACACCGCUGGAGCCCUGCCAGAGUUGGUGGACAUCAUCAUUGAAGAGAAGGCUGCCCUGUUCAUUUGCGCGGUGGGUGUCCCACCCAAGUGGGCCGUGGACAAGUUUCACAGUGCCGGCAUUCCAGUCAUGAACAUGAUCGGAGCAGUGAAGCACGUGGGCAAAGCACUGGAAGCUGGUGUGGAUCUCAUCUGCGCCCAGGGUGGUGAAGGAGGUGGCCACACAGGUGACACUGCCACGGCCAUUCUGCUGCCCAAGGUAGCGGACGCGGUGCGCGGAAAGAUGUCACCUUUGACAGGCAGACCUGUGCAGGUUGUGGGCGCCGGAGGCAUUUUUGAUGGCCGCGGACUUGCAGCUUGCUUGGCCAUGGGCUGCAGUGGCGUGUGGGUUGGAACACGUUUUAUUGCCUCCGAUGAAGCAGGAGCUGGUCCUUUGCACAAGCAGAAGAUCUUGAGCGGUGACUACAGCGAAACCGUCCGAACGACCAUCUACACCGGUCGGCCCAUGCGAGUUUUCAAGACGCCCUAUAUCCAGGACUGGGAACAGAACCGGAUGAAGGAGAUGCUGCAGCUGCAGGAGUCCGGCGUCCCCGCCUGGGUGGUGGACGUGGAUGGCCUCGAGGGUGGCUUCAGCGUGGGGAUCCUGCAGCAGGAGAAGAAGAAGGGAGUGCAGCUUUCCCGAAAGGAAACCCGAGAACGAGGAGUAUUCCUCUCUGGGCAAUGCGCUGGCGCCAUCACUGAUAUCAAGCCUGCUGGGCAAAUUGUUGAGGAGAUGGUGCAGGGGGCAGUCGAACAACUCCAAACACGCACCUUUAUUCAGCUUCGACUUUUUGCUGUGGCUGAGCUUCGCUUCCGUCCGCUGUGGGAUUUCAUGAUCCAAGGGGGUGACUUCACCAAGGGUGACGGCACCGGUGGCAAGUCCAUAUAUGGGGAGAAGUUUGCCGAUGAGAACUUCAAGCUGAAGCAUAAACGUGGAGGUCUUCUCUCCAUGGCCAAUGCUGGCAAGGACACUAAUGGAAGCCAGUUCUUCAUUACCACGGUCACCACACCUCAUCUUGAUGGUCGGCAUGUGGUUUUUGGUACAGUUCUGGAGGGCAUGAAGUUUGUGCGACAGAUUGAAGCACAGAACGGAACACCGCCAAAGGAGGAAUGCAAGAUCGAAGAUUCUGGGGAGAUUCCUUUGGAGAAGCCCUACAAGGACGCAACAUAUCGGGGGAAGCUGGAUGAGGAGCUUUAG